AUGGCAUUCUCCACCCUCAAAAAGGUUCUACUGAAUGAACCAGUUCGAUCUCGAUCAAUCACAGACGAAAGUGUCGAUUCCUACAUUGACCACAAUGAACAACAUCAUCAUCAACAGCAACAAGACGAGCCCACGACGCGGUGGGGCAAGUUCAUCAGGUGGCUCGAAGUGCAACCAAAGGGAGACUUGACGGCGUCGCAAAUGUUUUUGUACAACCACGAUUUGAGACCAGUUGAAGAAGCCAGACGGCAAUGGAGUUGGUACAAUUAUGUGUUUUUCUGGAUUGCUGACUCCUUCAACAUCAACACGUGGCAGAUUGCCGCUACGGGGAUGCAGUCUCCGUCCAAUAUGAACUGGUGGAUGACUUGGUUGUCAGUGUGGUUGGGAUACUUUUUAUGUGGUAUAUUUGUGUCGAUUGGAGCAAGAGUGGGGAUUCAGUACCACAUAUCAUUCCCAGUGGCAGUGAGAUCCUCGUUUGGAAUAUAUGGAAGUCUUUGGCCAGUCAUCAACCGUGUUUUCAUGUCUUGCAUUUGGUUUGCAGUUCAAACAGCCGUCGCAGGACCUACAUUCACAUUGAUGCUACACUCAAUCUUUGGUAAGAAUUUGCCACAAAAGAUUCCCAACCACAUCAGUGACCCUGACUUGACAACGUACCAGUUUCUUGGGAUUUUCUUAUUUUGGUUGUUUCAAUUGCCAUUCAUUUGGUUCCCACCUCACAAAAUUAGACACUUGUUCACUGUCAAGGCGUAUGUUGCACCAGUUGCAGGAUUCGGGUUCCUCAUUUGGACUUUGGUGAAAUCAAACGGGUUGGGUGAUGUCAUGACCAAGCCAAAUGGCUCAAGUGGGUCUGAUUUGGCAUGGGCAUUUGUGGAAUCGACAAUGAAUGCAUUGGCAAAUUUCGCAACCUUGAUUGUAAACUCACCAGAUUUCUCGCGUUUUGCAAACCAGCCAUCUUUUGGAAUGAAGUACCUAGUGUACACAUUGAGUAUCCCAAUCUGUUUCUCAAUCACUUCAUUGAUUGGUAUUUUGGUCACUUCAGGGGCCCAAAACUUGUAUGGAGAAACAUAUUGGUCACCAUUGGAUGUUCUUGCAAGAUUCUUGGAUAAUUACACUUCGGGGAAUAGGGCCGGUGUGUUUUUCAUCUCGGCAGCAUUUGCCUUGGCGCAAUUGGGAACCAACAUUAGUGCAAAUUCGUUAUCUUUCGGUACCGACUGUUCAGCAAUAUUGCCCCGGUUCAUCAACAUUAGGAGAGGUGGAUACAUUUGUGCAUUCUUGGCACUAGCAAUCAACCCAUGGAAACUAAUCUCGUCAUCAUCCAAAUUCACAACCUACUUGUCAGCAUACUCGGUGUUUUUAUCAUCGAUUGCCGGUGUUGUUGCAUGUGAUUAUUACUAUGUAAGAAGAGGAUACAUCAAAUUGACCCACUUGUAUUCACAAACUGCCCCCGAAGACAAAUCACACAGAUCCAUGUAUGCAUACAACAGGAUUGGCUGCAACUGGCGUGCGUAUGCCGCUUACCUUUGUGGGAUUUUGCCAAACAUUGUCGGGUUUGUUGGUGCUACUGAGACUCACAAGGUUCCCAUUGGAGCCACUGAGGUGUACAGACUCAACUUCUUUAUGGGUUUUUGCUCGGCAUGGAUUGUGUAUUCGGUGCUCAAUUAUUUCUGGCCGGUGGAGACUGGUAUUCCGCCAACUAAGCCAUUUGAAAAGGGGUGGUAUGAAGAGUGGCAAGAUGUGGAGUCGUUUGAAGACGAGUUGAUUGGUCGUGAAGUACAUCAUGGAGUUGAAACUAUUGAUGUUACCGACAUGAGUUUGACUGAGAAGGGUAAAGUGUAG